UAUAAAAUUUAAAUCUUGCAUUAUUUUCAGAAAUGGAAGAAGGAUAACCUUCAUAUGUCUUAACCUGAAACAUGAAGGUGAUAAGAAAAAAAAAAUACAGUUUCCUCGUAUCAAACGUAUAUUCAUGGAAGGAAAAAAACUCAACUACUAAAAGUAGAUCGAAGGAAACUUAAAUCUGAGGUCAGUGAAGAGGCAUCUAUACCACAGCACCAGCAACCUGCAUAUGGGAUUUCGCGUACAGAAAUUACCCUGGAUUGUCCCGGGAAAGAAGAAAAUGAACCAAGUACAUCAACACACGUACAGUGUGGCUCUGGUAGUUAUGCCAAAUCCAAGUCAAAAAGACAAGCUGAUUGGAAAUUGUUAUUUGGUGAUCUCAUGUCUGCCUCAUUGGAGAUGAACACACCAGGAAACAUCUGUAAUAACUGCAGGGAAGAGUCGUCUGACAUUUUUAGAUGUCUGGACUGUUUCGAAUGGUCCUAUUUAUGUGAGAAUUGCUUGGACAGUUUCCACUCUCAUCCCCACUUACACUUUUUUGAAUGUUGGAAGAUGCAAGCAUUCAUAGGGUAUGCUAAACCAACACCAGUUUGGUCUCUACUCCACCACGAAGAGUGCUCCUCUUCUUACACCAAAGAAGUAAUUGUAAUAGACGACAAAGGAAGACAACAUGUAAGGACUAUCAGAUUUUGCUUGUGUGAAGGAGAGACAAGAACUUUGAUCCGCUAUAACCUCUGGCCAUCUUCACCAAAGAUUGCCAAUGUAGCAUUUCAUCUUGAACUCAUGAAGUGGGCAGUGUCAUUGUUGCUGGAAUGUCAAGUAUCUGUAAAAGGGUUUUGUGCUGCACUUAGGACUAGGCUUUCCAAGCAUUACAGAUCCUCAAUGUCCAAUAAGGUGAAAGACUUGUACAAAAUUUUGAAAGAUGAAACAGUAGACCAGUUCCGUCAAUUUAUGUACCAACAGGAACAUAUUGGACAUUAUUUUAGUGAUGGAUUGGAUGAUGGUACAACAUGUCCAGGCUGUUUCAAAGUUCCACUUAAGGCCAUUUCCUUUGAUGCUGACUUUCAGCUUGUGAGAAAACAAUCUUCAGGGCAUUCUUGGAAUGAACCGAAACACAAGGGAAGGUUUUUCUUGAAUCAAGAGGAUGUGGACUCCUUUAUUUCACAAUAUAAUGCUGACUGUAAAAAUGAUAAUGUGGACUGUAGUGAUUUCCAAGCUGGAAAUAAUGUACGCUCCAAAGUGAAGACUAGCAAAUUAUCUGAGACUGCAGUCUUUGGAUCUGCUUGCAGGCAUGAAUUCCCUCAGAAGUUUUUCAGUUUGCGUCAUGGAGAAAGGUUGGGAUAUUCUGUUUACCUCUUGCAAAAAAUGAUGGAAGAUCACCAUGAUAGUCAGUUAUGCAUUAUGUAUGACAUAGCUUGUAUGCUUCAUAACCAUCUAAAGAAGAGAGAAAGAAAUGACAUUUUGAGUAAUGUCCAGUUGGCAAUUCCCAUCUUUCAUUGUUAUGGACACAAAAUGGCUUGCCAGCUCUUGUACAGCCCACGGAGAACUGCUGGAUUAGGCUUGACAGAUGGGGAACAGAUGGAAAGGUUAUGGUCCUAUCUUGGAAAAUUUUCAAGAAUAACCAAAGAAAUGACUCCAGAAAAUCGUAUUGAUCUAUUGGUGGAUGGACUUAUCCACUAUGGGCAAAAAGUAAAGCUGUCAUUAGGUGAAAGCCUUGUAGGAAAAUUGAAAAGGGCUACAGAAAUGCUUGAAACUACCAACACAGCCUUGGAUGAAAUACUGCAACCAUUUCCAGGAAUUACAAAGGAAACUGUACGUGAAUGGUUUCAUGAAGAACAUGGAACAAUACGCAAAGAUUCGGAAGAAAUUGAAGGUGAGCUGAAAUGGGAAGAAACGUAUGCACUGAAUUUGAACAGAUUACAGAAAGUUGGAACUGCUUCUUUAUCUGUCGCAGAUGGUGGGAAUUUGAAAAAGGAAGAAGAAAGGUUGACAAAAUCAGUGCAAAGAUGUGAGAAAAAACAUCAACUCCCAAGAAGGUGGGAAGAAUGUGAUUCAGAUUACAAACAAAAUUUAGAAUCUGGGCAAGAAAAAACAAAGAGAGCUAUUUUAAAAGGACUGAGGCAAACUGCAGUAGAGAGGACAUACCUUCUGGAAUUAGUAAAGAAAUAUGCUAGAGGACAAUCAGUGGCAAAAAGGUUGAACACUCAGAUCAAGAAGAUGAACACAGAAAUGAGGAAAAAAAUUGAAGAGUUCAAUUUGGUGGGAGAUUUGGAUCCUUUGCCAAGAACAAUAUCUUUUGACGAUGUGAAAAGUGUAGAUUCAGAACUUUGGAAUCACCUUUCAUCUGAUCACAUUCAAGAGAACCACCAAAGGGUACCAGUGGCAGAAAAGCAAAAGGCUGUAGACCUUCUGUGUUUAUGUGACCGAUGUAAAGAAGAAAAGGACAUUGUUCAAAAUGAGAUGAAAUCUGUGCUACAGUGGCAUACACAACAAUAUACUGUUAUUCAAGAUUUGCUUGAAGAGCAUUAUAAAGACAAUGCUCUUGCAACUGCAGUGCUAACAAAAGAAGCACUGUUUCAUGAAUGUCAGGUCCAGUUGCAUUCAGAAAUGUUUUCUGGGUUUAUUAAUGUUCCUUAUUUUGAAUGUUUUUACAAGAAGAAGUUAUUUGCAGAACAACUGGCUAUGGAAGAUAAAGAAAUAGAAGAAAUUAUAAACAAUAUCCUUGGUAUAGAGCAAGAUGCUGAUACCAAUGAAGAAGACUUUGAAAGUCUUGAUGGGGAUAGCUUCGAUGAAAACUAUAACAGUGAUGACAAUGGUGUAGAUACAAUUUAAAGGUUUAAAUGUUACCCAUUUUUAGUGACAGCAACUGGGGUUGAAUUGUAUAGUGAACUUUAGAACUGUACAUCAUUGGAUUGUACUUAUUGACAAUUUUACCUUUAGUACAUUAGAUUAGUUUAGGUUUAUGUUCUGGUGCAUGAUAAAUCCUCGUUACUAGACUCAAUACAUAAAAUUUAUGGAUACAGAUUUAGCUACAUCACUGAAUUACAGCUUUAGCACUGUUUCAUGAAUGUCAGAUCCAGUUGCAUUCAGAAAUGUUUUCAGGGUUUAUUAAUUCUGGGUUUAUUAAUUACAUAUUUUGAAUGUUGUUGAAAGUUGUUUGUAUAUCAUUGGAUUGUACUUAUUGACAAUUUUACCUUUAGUACAUUAGAUUAGUUUGGAUUCUUUUCCAUGGAGGAAAGUGUUCAGUAUUAAUACUAAUCUCAGUAUUUUGGAAAUACUUUCCCCCAUAUAUGCCUGUGUUAUAUUUUGACAAAACCAGUUUUUUAUUAUUUCAGGAACCAGGACACUUUCACCCAUGAUUUUCUGGUGCUGGAUAAAUCUUCUUUACCAGACUCAAUACAUACAAUUUAUGAAUAAAGAUUUAGCUACAUCACUGAAUUAUAGCUUUAAAAUUGUACAAUAUUUUGUUUUUUCCCUUGUGAUUAUCCAGCCUAUUUUUCAAAUUGUUCACAUUUUCUGCCAUUAUCACUUCCUCUUGGUAGGGCCAUGGUGGCCGAGUGGUUAAUGUGUCCCGAUACUUUCCCAGUAGCUUGAUCUCCACCUCUGGGUCAUGAGUUUGAAACCCAUGUGAGGCAGUUGCCUUACACUGACCGUAGGCUGGUGGUUUUUCUCCGAGUACUCUGGCUUUCCUCCAUCUCCAAAAUCUGGCAGGUCUUUAAGACUGCAGAAACAUGCAAAAUUUGUAUUGAUGAAAUCUAUGUCCAAACAAGGAUUAUACGAGUGUUUGUGCCUACUAGUAAUGAAAUUAACACCGAAAUGUACCGAAAAAUGAUAAUCAUACACAAAUACUGCCUGUCUUUGUGGUAAUUAGUGAUACUUCUGGGCGAAUUAAACAUUUUAGGACUUAAUACUUGAAGAACUUUGGUUUACCUUGCGAGUAAAACUGCCGUAAUAAUGUAAACUUUUACUACUUGGGAAAAUCACAUUUUUUUCAUUAAGUUCCAUUUUGACAACCGAAACUUUAUUCAAACGAAGGAAUGCCCCUUUAAAUGACCCUGGCUGUUAAUAGGACGUUCAAUAAAAUAAACUAUAAACCAUGUUCCAUGUCCUGACUGUCCUCCCUGAGAAAAAGUUUGCCCUUGUUGAUAUCCUGGGUUGAUACUGAUGUAACAUUUUCGAAUGUCCUCUACAAAGUAGAUGUCAUAUUAUCCCAUACGUACUUUCCACUUCAUCAUAGAUGUUGUUUACAAUUUUGUACAAGGCAGUCAUUUCCCCUCUUAUCCUUCAUUAGGAAGCUUUAGCCGGUGAAGUAUUUUAAGAUAACUUAGAUCUGCAAAGCCAGGGAUCUGUUUUGUGGCCCUUCUUUGUACACCUUUUAUUUUAUCUUUGAGGGACUCCAUACUUGACAGGCAUAAUCCAAAUGUACACAAACCAAUAACUUGUAUAACGGAACAAAUGAAUUUUCGUCCAAGUAGCAGAAUGAUAGACAGAUCAUUGCAAAUGUAGAAUUUGUUUGUUUUAUUUUUUCCCAUAUAUGGUCUUAGGAAGUUAAAUCUUUGUCUAUAAUGACUCUGAUAGCCUAUUCCUUCUCUGUAGGCUGUAAAGGUGUAUCUCUGAGACUGAACCUUUCCUCCCUGCAUAGUGAUUGUUUACCGAUGUGCAUAUAUUUACACUUGUCUGCAUGAAACUUUGGUAGCCAAGUGUCACUCCAUUCCAGCAAUUUAUUGAGAUCUCUUUGAAGUUCUAUUUGUUCAUUAUGAAGAGCUUAGAAAAUGAUUGUGUCAUCAACAAUGACUUUUAGAUUGUUUGUUAUUAACAUUGUGUCACCAAACUUUAAUUUCAUAAAAUAAUUUUCUGUAUGUAUUUCUUAUUGAUAUUUUAUUUAAUGGUACAUAUUCUCAUGUUAUGUAACCGGUAUUGAAAUUGAAAAUAGACAAUCAUGUUUGCACUUUUUCCUGUUAGGUAACAUUAUAUUGAAUAAUAUAUCAACUUGUUUAGUAUGUACAGUUUCUCUCUGAAAACAUUUAUGAUGUAGGUGCUCUGAUUGCUCAUAUGAUUUAAGAAGUUGUACAUUGGAUUCCAUUUAUUUUAAUGUUGCUUAUUCACCAAAUUUUUCUCUUUAUGUUCUAUAUAAUUAAAUCUGUCUAUUACGAUAAUGUUGCUUAUUGUAAUACUUUUUCUGCAAAGUAUAUAUAAGGUAUAUAUAUGACAGGCAGAAAUUACCUGUUGUCAGAACAAAGUCUAGUUUUGUAUUUAACUGUCUGGACAAGAGUUCACACACUCAUCUCCCAAUAAAUCAAUAGGAUAUGUAUGUAGUUUUCUUCCUGUUGUAUGUUCCAUGUACAUUAUCUUGUUAAUGUUUUUGUUGAUAUAUUCUUAUUGUCCUGUUGAAAGCUCCUUGUACAUGUAUAUUAAAUUGUUGAAA